GCGGCUCUUCUAAAUGUUGUGCUGAGGGAUUCAUUUGCAGCACCUGAAAAGGAUAUUUUCCAGGCUUUGAUGAACUGGUGUAAACAUAACCCCAAGGAGAAUCAUGCUGAAAUCAUGCAGGCAGUACGCUUACCCCUGAUGAGUCUGACAGAACUACUAAAUGUUGUAAGACCUUCUGGAUUGCUGUCGCCUGAUGCCAUUUUGGAUGCCAUUAAAGUUCGUUCUGAAAGUCGGGACAUGGACCUCAACUACCGGGGCAUGCUAAUACCAGGUGAGAACAUUGCAACUAUGAAAUAUGGAGCCCAGGUUGUAAAAGGGGAGCUGAAGUCUGCUUUGCUAGAUGGGGACGUACAGAAUUACGACUUGGAUCAUGGUUUUUCCCGACACCCAAUUGAUGAUGACUGCCGUUCUGGCAUUGAAAUUAAACUAGGUCAGCCAUCUAUAAUCAACCACAUACGAAUACUACUCUGGGACAGAGAUAGCCGGUCUUAUUCCUACUACAUUGAGGUGUCCAUGGACGAACUGGACUGGGUCCGCGUGAUUGAUCACUCUAAAUAUCUUUGUCGGUCUUGGCAGAAGCUGUAUUUUCCUGCCCGUGUCUGCAGAAAAGAUGUCCAGCUGUCAGAGAUGGUACCAGAGUAGAGUUGUAUUGUAAGUAAUCCCUACUGAAAGUUGUGCUUGAUUUUUUCCUUCCUCGCUUCCUCAGCACUAUACUAGCUUGUUCCUGUCUGUUACAUUUGUUUAUUCUUCCUCUGGUGUCCUUUC